CUUAAAGGUAACAGGACUGUACCAUUGCCUGCAUUAGGUAGCAAUCCAUACUUUUAAAAUUCUUUCAAAUGAAUUUAACAACAGACACAACCGCACUGGUUCGAAAAAAGGAUAAGUAAGAAAACAGAUACAAUUUGAAUUAAGGAUUAAGCAGUUAUUCCUCACUUGGUCCAUUAACAGUGGGUUGUCCGGUUCAAAUAAUAUAUUUAAUGUUAUUAUGUGCAGGUAGGAAUGGGAUAGGUUGGCGAAUUAAACCACACCUCCUGGUUUGCGGAGGGGCUCUCAGUUGGACCAGUACAAAUAAUUGAGUCACUUCUCCUGCAAGCUCCAGACCCGCAGCUCCAGACCUUCUCUGGUCCUUUUCGACAGGCAACAGGUGGGUUAUCGGUUGUAUAAUACUGUAUGUAGCUGUGCUCCUUAUUUUCUAAGAUACAUGUUUGAGUUUUUACUCUGCCAUAUCAAACGUGACUGUAAAAUGUUUAUCUCAACCUUUGAACUGAGUCUGAAAUUUUGAAUAUAGCUAAACAACAACAACAACAACAAAAAAAGAUGCAACUGAGAAACUUGCAAGGCAGUCUACAGCAUUACACAGAUACAGAAAAGUGAGGAGGCAACAACUUUAAAUAUUUUAAAAAUGGUGUCUCUGCUAAUAUACCAAAUUCAUAUACUUUUAUCUGGACAAUAUACAUUAUUGUGGUUCCAUAUUUUAAGGUUGAAAUGUAUUUCAGUUCACGUCAAUAAAAUAGCCAGAAAAAAGCAGUUUGAUAUUUUAUUUAAUUAUUAUUUAUUUGCAAGGUAAUUCAGAUGUUGUGCAGGAAUCCAAGUUUUCAUUGCUAUUUGUUACUGUGACAUGUCCAGGAAUUCCAGGAAGCAAUUUGAUUUUUAAUUUCACCUGCAAUUCCAUAAUUAAUGAUAGUGGGUUUUUAUUCACUGCUGUCUUUUUUUUUUAACCCAACAAGCAUGAAUCCACGUGUUUGGAGCAAAGGUAUGUAUUCUUCCAGCAACAUUUGCCUCGACGACUGCACUGCAGAGCACCUCUCCUCUUUUCAACCUGACCCCGUGCUGUCAAAUUCAGAUGUGUCCGGUGUUUCUGUGACCUUACACAGAGACAGUGAGAACAUAAAAAUGCUACCAGAGAGUGCUUAUUACAGCAGCUGUGAUGCUGGUUCAGGUUUGAUCUGUUCCAACCAGCUGGAGCUCAAUCCAUCCAGAGACACUGGACAUUUAUCCACGAGAAGGCACCCAUCUCCUGCAUCCAGUUCUUGUGGUCACCAUGACUGGAACUUAAACAGUGGCCAUCAAGCAAAGCGUGCCAGAGUGGAAAAUAUCAUCAAAGGCAUGACUGGCUCUCCUGGUAUGCACUGCAGAGAUGUGGUGACAAAUCAGCAUGAGGAGUCAGACGGUGUGCAGGCAAAUGAAAGGAUUCAAGAACUGCCUUUACAUCAGGAGCACGUGGAAAGAAGUGGGUCGAGUCACAGCAACCUCAGACAGCUCAGAACAAGGUUCUGCCAUGUAGAUGGAGUAACUGACACUGCAGACAGUAGUAAGGACGAGAAAUAUCCCACCUGGAACAAUUCUCUUGAAACAUCUCCAAGGGACGCAUGUACAGAUUCAUACAGUGAGUUUGAGAGCAGCUCAAGUAGAAAAUAUCAAGGAUGGAAGAAGGUGAAGCUUAUGAACUACUUCCAAUCCAAGCCUGAGAGAAUAAAGCUAAUGGCAGAUGUUUUAAAGUACGAACUGUCCAGAGCUGUCAGUAGGAGCGUUGACUCCAUUUUCAAAAGCAUGCCGCUUCUACAGACAUCGCCAAAUGACGAGGGGAACGCAGAGACUGAUAUGCCUCUUCGGUCAUCAGUUUGCAAAGAUAAUAAAUUAAGACUUUCGUGUUGUGGGAAUGCAGAGGUGCAUGUCCCAGAUGUUCAAACCGAAGCUCUGUCUCUAGUUGUGCAAAAGCCUCGACCGGAAAGAGCCGACAGGUUCGUCCUCCAGUCCAGAUCGAGAGCUCACCAUCGUCCCAAACCUCCGAUCCCCUUCAGUCACGACUUGGCUCUGCAUGAAGAUCAGCCGCCAGAGAAGAAUCACAACACUGCCUGUCAACAAGCCCUCGGGUGCUUGCAAGCUGGAUGCUCUGAAGUUGGCCGAGCAAAGUUUGAGAUGUUUGAUGCACAUUGGAAUUCGGUCAAAGUGAGAUCAAAGGUCAACUCCAGGUCUGUCAGAAGCCCACAGACUCACACUGUGUCUGUGGAUCCCAUGUUUUUGCAAAGCAUGUGUCUCCCUCAUGUCAAGAUUGAGUCAGAUAGCCUGGUGAAGAAUAACCUGUACAUGCUGAAUGAGGGUCUGACCACAAAUCAUCUGAAGAAAGCAAAGCUUAUAUUCUUCUACACUCGCUACCCGAGCUCACUGGUGCUGAAGAUGUGUUUCCAUGAUGUGCAGUUCACACGCUGUAUCACCUCUCAGCUGAUCAAGUGGUUCAGUAACUUCAGAGAGUUUUACUACAUCCAGAUGGAGAAGUUUGCCCGACACGCUCUCGCAGAAGGAGUGGCCGAUGUGAGGGGUCUGACUGUGGGGAGAGAAUCAGAACUUUUCAGAGCUCUCAACAUGCACUACAACAAAGCCAACGACUUCCAGGUCCCUGACAGAUUCCUGGAGGUUGCCGAGAUUACACUGAGAGAAUUUUAUGUUGCCAUUUCAAUGGGCAAGGAUCGCGAUCCAUCAUGGAAGAAAGCAAUCUACAAGGUGAUCUGUAAACUGGACAGUGAUGUACCAGCUGAAUUUAAAAAUUAUCACUCUGGAUGAGGACCAACCAGACAACAUCAUGUGCCACAGUGGUUGCUGUCACAAUGUGGACUUACUCGUGCCUUGAGUAGCAAACUAUUUUGUGUUUAGUGAAGAGACACUAUAUUGUAACAAAUGUUAAGUGAAGUACACGCCUGCACAUCUCCAAUCUCCAUACACAUGGCAGACAGAUGGCUGAGUUUAUCAAAAGGCAUCAUGUUGCAUCAUGAGGUAAUUUGACAUAAUAUGUAUAUUGCUAUAUAAAACAUAUUAUAUAGCAACAACACAUUUUGUAUGAUUGUGAAAGUUUAAACAGUGCUUCAAGUCUCAAAGUGCAACACAGCACAUUUUGUAGUUUUCGAUAAGUAUUUUUUUAGUAUGCACAAAAUAAAGUCCACACCACAUAAGAAAAAAUGUUUAAUAUUAAGCAGAGCUAAUUCUUACUAUUCUGUAUGUAUGUUCAGGAUAUAUAAAAUGGAAUCUACAUGAAUUCGAAAAUGACUGAAUCAGUAAAUUACGUCUAUUAUGUCCACUGCUCCUUAUAAACUCGCAGUGUUUCUGUCUCUCUUCCAUACUUACCAUGAAGAUCCAUCCAUCCACUUUCCAAAUGAUACACUGUGGCUGGCUGCCCACAGGCAAAUCAAACAUGGUCUUCAUCAGUGGUUCUGUGUGUUCGGUCAUAACUGAUGAUCCUCGCUUUGUCUUCAGUUGGUGAUAAUCCAGAUGAAAAUUUCUCGUGUGAGAAAAUCCUGGAUUUUUAAAAUUUAUUUCAAAAAGUGAAUACAUCUGCUUACAUUGCCAUAUAUUAACCAUGAUAAUCACACUCCGUUAGACUGAAUUUGAUUCAUUUGAUACAGAUAUGCAGUGUGUGCACAUGUAGGCAUUUGCACUGAACACAAAUUGUAAUGAAAUUCCUCAGAAAACUCAACUGCAGCAAGACAAAACACUUUGAUGUGUGAUAUUUUCUUUUUAAUUAUCUUGCUGUCAACAGUGAGUGAGAACAAGGGUCAAACAGGCAAACUCUAGUACAUAUUAAGUGUUUAAGUAUUACGUGUAUAUUUAGAAAUGACUGCACUAGGCCGUCAUAGCAGAUAUUUUGUAUUUUUUUCUUGUUUCAAAGUUAAACUGACUUGUGAGACACUUUUUUUUUGGAUAGACCUGUAAACAAAAUAAAAAGCACUUCAUUUGCAUUGUUCUUAAUAUUAUGGUUAAUUGUGGGCUAUGAUUAUGUGCAUUAGUGAUCACAUGUAGUAAUAAUGAGCUGAAUAUGGUACAGGUAACAUUUUUAUAUUUUGUCUUUGAAUGUAAAAAUGUGCUAAAAAUUUGGCAAGAUUAAAAAAUUCAAAUGAGACAUAAAAUACUCUUCUUGUCAUGAAAAGCCACUGUGGGCACUGUCAUUGAAGAAACCAGUCUUUAACCACCUGAACCCCAUGUUCCCAGUACUCCUGACUUUACUUCCCCAUUGCUCACCAUGACAAAUUUGGUAUCUUUGGAAAUCGAGAUUUUUUUGACAACCCCAUGGACCUUGCAACAGAGUGAGGUUGUCCUUUUCAGUCCUGCAACAUGCACUCACAUUACAACCCAUCUUCUGACACUCGCAAACCAAUUCAAGCCACAAGCUGAGCUAAGAAAAUGCUGCAACAAGCACGUAGUUGUCACAUAAAAUAAACUAGUCUGAUUUCAACCUCUUAGGACUUAAAAUUGGCACCUUCUUCUUAAGUGCAAUUACCUAUUAGUAUUGUUUAUUUAAAAGAAAUUAUUUUGAUAAAAAAUAAAGACAAGGAGAAAAUGGCAAAUACACCUCCCUUAAGGGACUGGGAUGUAAUCCACAGAGGUGUAAAACAGUGGGGAUGCGAUCCAUUAGCAUAUUAAGUUUUACACUGAAAUUUACCUACAUGUAGGAAAUUGUCAUGUGAAUUCUCUAAGUCAACAUAGACGUGAGUGGAAAUAUUACAUGUACAUAAAAACACUCCACAAAAAUACCAUGUUACCAUUUACUCUCUUACUUUCAUUCCUCUGACUUAACCGUAUACAGUGAUUAACCUGAUAACAGGCAUCCUUAAAAAAUGUCACAGGGGCUAAACAAGUGAAGUCGGGCAGAAAUAAACAAUUAGUCUUCAACCCAAC